UGGUGUGACAGGCGUUGUGCCAAAUCAGUGCCAAAUGAUAGCCAGACAUUGCAUUUGAAGCAAAACUCAAUUUUCUAGUGACUAACACAUCAUCUCUUCAUCUCAUUUAUUGAACACUUCUUCACCACUUCUGCUAUCAAUCAAUGGCUUCAAUCACUUCCUCUUACUUCUCAUCCUCAAGACUAUUGUGUAAUGUUUUCGACAGAGUAUUUGACGUCAAACUGAAGCCCAAAAACUUGAUUAAACCGUCGAUCAGAUGGACGUCCAACACAUCCAAGACUCUCAUUCCGUCCUCUUUAUGUCCAUUACUUUCGGUAAACACUGAGAAGAGGACUAAAUUGCACUCAACUUUGGCGAGCGUUAGAUCCCAUAAAUUGGAUGCGAGUCCUAUAAGUCAACGACUGCUAAGCACCUCAUUAUACCACCAAAAGUCAUCCCCUGUUCAACAAAGCACUCAAACACAUCAAUCAAAAUCUACAAAUCCUUUCAAAUUGGCUGAGAAUGACUUAAAUAGUCUUUACGCUGAUAUCCGUAAAGAGUUGUGGGCCGAGCGCCCAGAGCUCGAGGAGAUUGCCGGCUAUUACUUCGAUGGUCAGGGAAAGGCCUUCCGUCCGAUGGUAGUCGUGUUGAUCGCGCGGGCCCUCAAUCAUCACAUCCAUAGAAGGCCUGAUUUACUCGAAUCUCAGAAGACGGUGGCAAUGGUGACCGAAAUGAUUCAUACGGCGAGUCUGGUUCACGACGAUGUCAUCGACACUGCAGACACCCGGCGCGGGAAAGCCAGCGUUAAUGUGCUUUGGGGUCAGAAAAAGGCGAUUCUUGCCGGCGAUUACAUCCUCUCGCGAGCCUCGCAAAUGUUGGCCAGACUUCAGAACGAAGAAGUGAUCUUAGUUUUAUCGCAGGUAUUGUCGACUGUUGCGUGUUGUCGGCUGUGUAUGUCUGACCACUACUCUAACCUACAGGUGCUGCUGGAUCUGGUUCAGGGAGAGUUCAUGCAAAUGUGCUCUAAAGAGGAUGAAAACGAACGCUUCUCUCAUUAUAUCCACAAAAGUUUCAAAAAGACUGCGAGUCUUAUCGCGUAUACGUGUAAAGCAGUGGCUCUGCUGUCGGGCGCUAAUCAGGCCUUCCAAGAGGCGGCCUUUCAAUACGGACGCAAUUUGGGGAUUGCCUUCCAAUUGGUGGACGACUUACUGGACUUUGUCUCGAGUCAGGCAGAGUUGGGCAAACCGGCCGCCGCUGACCUCAAACUGGGUUUAGCGACCGCUCCGGUGCUGUUCGCGUGCGAGAAGUUCCCGGAACUAAACAUUAUGAUUAUGAGACGAUUCUCGGAACCGGGAGAUGUCGAGAAGGCCUACGACGCCGUUAUGAAGAGCGACGGCUUAUAUCACACGCGAAUCCUGUCGCGAAAGCACGCGGACGAGGCGUUGAGGCACGUGUCGGGCUUUGCAGACUCACCCGAAAGACAUGCUCUCAUCUCUCUGACCGAACUGACACUCAAUCGCAAGAAGUGAUCCUUAGAUACGAAUUUGUAAAUAGAGUUAAAGUUAAUUGAAUAGAGUUUAUAACGCCUUUUGAUCACACAUUUGGUGUUCGGAAGUGAAGUGCCAUUCAUUUAAAGUCUUCCCAAUUAUAUAUUCCUCAAUGUUUUGAGACAAUCGAUGUCUGUCUCGACUGUUAUUUCU